AUGUGCCGAGAGGUUCACUGCUGAUCACGGAGCAGGCACCCAUAUGGGACAAGAGAAAGAAUUAUCAGAAGCAGUACAACUUGGGAAGAGUCAACACUAAGAUUUACUAAUGAUUCCUAAUUAUUUUUACAUUUUUUUUCUUUUGGCAGGACAAAAAGAUCAAUGAUUUUCUGUUGCUCCCAGAUUUUGGCCCAAACGCUUUAUUUUUUUGUUUUCUUGAUCAGAAGAGGAAGCAAACAAUUCAUCCACAUGCACUAUUGCACUUUACUGCUCAGGUAUCAUUCCUGAGUCUGAAGCUGCCUGAAAGGAGCUCUCAUUGGGGCUCUGGAGAGAAAAGUUUCCAGCUGCAGCAAAAUUUAUUUAAUCUUGUACCAAAGGAGGAAAAAUAUCCUGACAAAGAGCUAAACGGAUGAUAAUGCAAAAGUAUGUAUAAAGGUAUUGCCACUUGGAAAAGAAAAGAGAAAUAAGAAGGAGAGAAGAAGCCACAAAGAAACAGAGGAGCAGCAUGGGGAACUUUUGCCGGAAACAUUGCACUUGGAUGGAGAGGUGUGCCCCUUGGCUCUUCCAAGAGAGUGAUGGCAGACAGGGAGAGAGAUAUAAGACGGGGAUGGGCCAAGAUAACCUGGGCUGGGUGAAAGAUGACUGCCAGACAGAGAAUACUUCUCAGAUAACAACAAAGAAAGAUGUGACUGGUAUUCCUUUGCCCAUGCCCAAGAACCACCAUAAGUUUGUAGCACUUUUUGAUUAUCAGGGCCGCACUAAGGAGGACCUGAGCUUCCAAGCUGGAGAUAAACUCGAGGUGCUGGAUACAUCUCCGGAGGGCUGGUGGUAUGCUAGCCUCCUCCUGGACAGUGCCUCAACACGGCCUGGACAGAAGCUCCGUGGCUACAUCCCUGCCAACUAUGUAGCUCCUGAUCAGAGUGUUGAGGCUGAACCAUGGUUUUUUGGACCAGUCACGCGAGCAGAUGCAGAGAAACAACUGUUGUGCCCUGAAAAUCAGGAAGGAGCCUUCCUAAUUCGAGAAAGCGAAAGUAAAAAAGGCGAACUCUCUCUUUCAGUCUUUGAUGGAGCAGUUGUGAAACACUACAGGAUCCGACAGGAGGCUGGAGAAGGCUUUUUUCUUAGCAAAAAGAAUAUUUUUAAAACAUUGAAUGCUUUUGUUGACCACUACACCAAUAUCAGCGAUGGCCUCUGUGUAAAGCUCAGGAAGCCCUGUAUAAAGAAAAAAGUUCCUGCUCCUUUCGAUUUGUCAUACAAAACUGCAGACCAGUGGGAGAUAGACCGAAAUUCUCUGAAACUGUUGAAAAAAUUAGGUUCUGGUCAAUUUGGUGAGGUGUGGGAAGGUCUCUGGAAUAAUACCACGCCAGUGGCAAUCAAAACAUUAAAACCAGGUUCAAUGGAUCCAAAGGACUUCCUGAGGGAGGCACAAAUAAUGAAGAACCUUAGACAUCCAAAGCUUAUACAGCUCUAUGCAGUUUGCACUUUAGAGGAUCCAAUUUAUAUUAUUACUGAGCUGAUGAGACAUGGAAGUCUACUAGAAUACCUCCAAAAUGAUGCAGGUUCAGAGAUCCAUCUGUCUGAACAAAUAGACAUGGCAGCUCAGGUUGCCUCAGGUAUGGCUUACCUGGAAUCCCAGAACUAUAUCCAUCGGGAUUUGGCGGCCAGGAAUGUCCUUGUGGGUGAACACAAUGUUUACAAAGUGGCAGAUUUUGGACUUGCAAGAGUUUUUAAGUUAGAAAAUGAAAAUGUAUAUGAAGCUAAACAUGAAACGAAACUCCCUGUGAAAUGGACAGCCCCUGAAGCGAUCCGCUCCAAUAAAUUCAGCAUUAAGUCUGAUGUGUGGUCAUUUGGAAUACUUCUCUUUGAAAUAAUCACCUAUGGGAAGAUGCCUUAUUCUGGUAUGAUGGGCUACCAAGUAAUCCAGAAGCUGGAUAAAGGAUACAGAAUCCCUCAACCAGCUAACUGUCCAGAUAAGCUCUAUAACAUUAUGCUGGAGUGCUGGAAUGCAGAGCCCAAAGGACGGCCCACUUUUGAAACAUUGCACUGGAAACUGGAAGAUUAUGAUACGGACUCUACAUCCUAUAUUGAUGCAAAUGCUUUUGUAAAAUGAAUGUUGAGGCAGAGACUGAAGAAAAUCAAAUGAUCAGUUAAAUAAGUAUGGUAUAAAGGGUAACUGUGAAAUAAAUUUCACCUCAAAAUAUGGGGGAGGAGAGGUUUAAAUUAUUAGAUGAAACUAAGGAAUUUUAUAAAUUGCCAAGUCUAUGGUGAUGUUCCAGGACACUAGAGAUUUUAAUGUCAGCCAUUGUCUUGCAAAAUUAAGAAAACAGAAAUGAGGGGGCUUUAUUGUUUGUUUGUGUGUUUUAUAAAAUAAGCUCUCUUCUAUUUAUUAUUUAAAUAAUAGACCAAAAGAAUGAACAGAUGAGAUUGUUGCUCAAUAAGCCUUGUUGCAUUUCACUGUUUAUCUACUAGAAUGGUUAUUUGUUAUUCCUUAGAUUGCUGAAGCCCAUCAGCUUGUUGCUAUGAAGGAAUCUGAUUACUUUGUUGCACAGCAGGACCUGUGCUUUGAGACUUUUCUUUUCUUUUUAAAAUAUCCUGUGACUAUAAUGCUGGCAAAGCCAUAUUAGAUGUCUUGAUUGUACAUGGAGUGCACAUGCCUUUGCUAAAGAGGAAAAUGAAACAGAUAUUGGGAAAAGAAUUAAAAUAGCAGCAAAACAAACUUUUUGCUUUAUAUAUGUGCAGUGUCUAUCUUAUGAAAUAAUCACAAUUAGCAUUAGUUAAUCAAGUUUAACAUAGAA